AUGGUCGACAAGGUCACACCGGAGUUGAGGAACUUCAUGGCAUGGAAUUUUCGGGUCGCCCCAAAGAUUUUGAAUUUGGCAGAGGUGGUUGGUGUGGUGGCGAAGAAAGAACUCCGAAAACCGUCGGUGCUCGUGGAGUUGCGCAUCUGGGAAGCGAGAGACGUGCUGCAAAUGGGGUCAUGCGAGGAGGAGCUUGCUGCCGGCACGAAAGCUGCGGAACACCGCAAAGACGUCGGCGUUCAGCUUGACCAUGGGCUGCUGAUCGGGAAGGGAGGUUCUGCAAACGUCUACCUCGUCGACUACCUCGGUAAAAAUCGCGCAGUCAAGAAGAUCACCAAUGGCGAGACGCCCACCACCGAGCUAGAGGUUAUGAAGACGCUGCUCAACGAAUCAGCGCACAUUGUACGCAUAAUAAUUGGCGGCCCGACAUCAGAGCAUCGGAUGAUGUUGAUGAUGGAGUACAUGCCUGGCGGAGAUCUGGCGACAUUUAUCAGCAGUUGCAAGGACAACAAGGACAACAAGGACAAGUUGGAGAAGCACAGGCUUGGAUUCCUUCGAGACAUAUGUGAUGGCAUGGCGUAUAUUCACGACAAGGGUUUGGUGCACCGAGAUCUCAAGAGUGCCAACGUGCUUUUAAGCGAGAACUUGGAAGCGAAGAUAGCAGACUUUGGCUUGACGAAGGGCGAGAAUGACGCAACAACAAAGGCGUACAAUUUUACGACUCACAGCCAUGCCGCCCCUGAGGUAUUCGACAAGAGAAUCCUAAAGGGCAAGCCGGGUGGCUGGGAACGGGACGUCUAUGCGUUUGCGAUUAUUUGCUGGGAACUGGUAGCUGUGGAUAAGCCAUGGAGGGACAAACACACGGGGGAGCCCCAAUCCAAGGAUUACAUCAUGUCCGCCGUUCUCGAAGGCACACGCCCACCGAUUCCACAAGAUGCACCGCCCAACCUCAUUGGUGUGAUGGGGCAAGGCUGGCACCGUGAACUGACGAAGCGACCAACAGCGGCGAGACUCAAGAGGAUGUUAAACGAGGUAACGGACGAUCGCAUGUAG